AUGCUAAAUACAAAUCUGAUUUCCAGAGUCGGCGAGAUCUUUGUCCCAUUGCUCAAGGAAUCGAUUAUUGAAACAGGACGAAUCACGCCGGAGGAGUUCAUCGCUUCCGGGGACAAUCUGACCCAAAAGUUCCUAUCAUGGUCGUGGCAAGGCGUGCCGAUGCCAUCGCACAAGGCCUCUUCCCUGCCGAUCUCCUGGCCAUUAGGCCAUAAAGUCAAUGGCGUUUCCUAUUUGCCUCCAGACAAGCAGUAUUUGAUGGCAAAAAGGGUCCUGUGCCUUUCAAGAGCCUCGGCGUCGUCGUCCAACACAAAGGAGGACCAGCAGCCCGCAGAAGCAGAGUUUACUUCCAUUUCCUCAGAAGAGGCGAUUAUUGACAACGAUCCCGUAUGUUUUUGGCCCACUAAUCCAGUAGGACCGGACGACUCGCCACUGUCGCACAGUCAGAUUUACGAGGACAUUUCUGCUGAGCAUGCGAGGAAAACGGUGACAAUUGAGUCGCAUCCCUUUCUGCCGCUGUCAACAGCAUCUAUCCACCCAUGUAGACAUGCCUCUGUCAUGUGUUCGAUGAUCAAGAUGCUUAAAGGCACAGCUGGCGCUGGCAGUUCUGUUCCGUUUCCAAGCGAAAGGUAG